UCACAAAUACGUUUUGUUUGAAAACAAACUGUAAAGUUUCAAGUUAUUGUUUUUAUGUUCAGUUUAUUUUAUUAUAUUGCAUAUUGUAACAAACUCUUCAAGUGAAUCCAAUACAGUUGCAUAAUGGCAGCAUUCAAAACAUUACGAGAUGUCUGUAAUAACUUCGAAACGGACUUACAGCAGUCUUCUAAAGAUUUUUUUACAUUCAAUGUCGGCGAAACUCCAGAAGACAUUGUCACGAAGAAAAUGCGUGAUCUAACGCUGUUCACAUCAAAAUUGAGGCUGUUGAGAGCUAAUACUCUGUCUAUGACCCCAGAAAUAACGGAGCAAGAGAAAGCAGAGGAGACCAUUGUAAACAGUUUUAGUGAUACAGCAACAACCAAAGUACUGGAACAGCACAUUGUGAAGUUCCUAACACAGUCUCAUGCAGUUAAAUCUUUAAUAACUGCAUCCGAUAAGGAUUUACAACCAGAAUUGAUUGAGAGGAAGGAAAAGAUACUAGACUCCAUUAAGACAUAUCAGCAGAGGGAGUCACAGCUCCGUCACCUGGAUGCACUUCUCAGUGAGAAGGAAGAACAGUUGGCAGCGGUGCGAGCUCAAUGGGACGAGGAGCUGGGGCUCAUGAAGGAUAUGAGUGACAGCAUCGAAGAUACGGAGGUUGAUGAGACUGGACCUUUGCAUGUGAAACUACGAAAGCUGGUGGAUAAGUUGGAACUGAUGAGGUGGCUCCUCGGCAAGCUGGUGACCUCCCGAACUGGAAACUACGACUGGCUAUCAGACCCUCACUCCAGGAUAUCAGCUCUGAAGAUCGCCAGAACUGUCAAUACUGUGGAUUUGUUUACUGGCGGAUCAUAAAUAAUGAAAUAUAGAAUAUAAUAGUUUAGAAAUAGAAAUAAUA